AUGCUGGCUGAGGUUGCCAACUCCGCGUUGGAGCUUGCCCGCGCCGACUCCUCAAAGAAGGAGAUCUAUGCAUCAUGGGCACUUUUCAUACUCAUCACGCUCCUAAUUGCGGCAUUCUUCACGAGCUACUUCCUGCAGCAAAGAAAAGUCACGGCAGUCCACGAAACGGUCAUUUCUAUCUUUGCUGGAAUGACCGUUGGCCUUAUUCUCAGAGUAACAGCAGGUGAAUCUAUCCGAGACCUCGUCAGUUUCGACUACCAGAUCUUCUUCAACCUCCUCCUUCCUCCGAUUAUCCUGUCCUCGGGGUACGAACUACACCAGGGCAACUUCUUCCGAAACAUCGGGACCAUUCUGACAUUUGCCUUCGCUGGCACCUUUUUGUCUGCGCUCGUCAUCGGAGUGAUUCUAUGGCUGUACACACGAGUCCCUCUUGAGGGUUUGGAUAUGGGCUGGAUUGAUGCCAUUUCCGUCGGUGCAACGUUGUCUGCCACUGAUCCGGUCACCAUUCUGGCCAUCUUCAACGCAUACAAGGUGGACCCUAAGCUCUACACGAUCAUCUUCGGCGAAUCCAUUCUCAACGAUGCUAUUGCCAUUGUCAUUUUCGAAUCCGCCCAGAAGGCCAAGAGCGGCUCUGCAGACACGCCAGGAAUUCUCAGUCUCAUCUGGGGUAUUUGGAUAUUCUUGCGCGACUUCUUUGGCAGCUUGGGCAUUGGUGCUGCUGUUGGAAUCCUAGCAGCCCUGGGCUUGAAAUACACCUAUGUCCGAAGAUAUCCCAAGAUUGAGAGCUGUGUGAUUGUCCUGAUUGCCUAUGCUACAUAUUUCUUUUCUCAGGCAAUUCAUAUGUCAGGCAUCGUCUCUCUGCUGUUCUGUGGAAUCACUCUCAAGCAUUAUGCAUACUUCAACAUGUCACGACGGACGCAGCUUACUACGAAGUAUCUCUUCCAGGUACUUGCGCAGUUGUCGGAAAAUUUUAUCUUCAUCUACCUAGGUCUUUCUCUUUUCACUGGAGAAGAUCUACAGUAUCAGCCUCUCUUGAUCAUUGUUACGGUCAUGGCUGUCUGUGCUGCAAGAUGGGUUGCUGUCUUCCCACUUUCAAGAGCUAUCAACUGGUUUAUCCGGUACCGAGCCAAGCGCCGGGGCAUUCAUGAUCAGCCGGAUGAGCUACCGUACAACUACCAAGCCAUGCUCUUUUGGGCCGGACUUCGAGGCGCUGUCGGUGUUGCUCUGGCAGCUUUGAUUACCGGCAAGGAUGCCUACGCCUUGAAAGCAACGGUUUUGGUUGUCGUGGUGUUGACUGUCAUUAUUUUUGGCGGUACUACAGCACGCAUGCUGGAGAUUCUAAACAUACGAACGGGCGUUGUCGAUGAAAUCGACUCUGAUGACGAAUUCGACAUCGAGGCCAUUGGUGGCGGCAGCUACUAUAAGCGAGCUGGAACAGGCAUUGGCUACACGCCACGGCGCGGUUCGGUGAUGCCCCUGGAUGGCCUCAAUGGCAAGCGUACUGAUAGUAGCGAUCGAGGUGGCUGGGCAUCUGCCUCCUCCGGCUCCAAGGCGCAGAUCGAGCCCCAUGCCCCCAUUAGCAACAAGCAGCACUGCUGA